AUGGAAAAGAGCGUGCAAGAUUUUUUAAACACAAAGGGGAAUGUUACGCAAAAUGGGGUUUCCAACAUGGGGCUAAGCAUAUCCCCCAAUGUUGCGUCAAACAUCACGCAGGAACAAUUUAACAUGAUCAUGCGUAGUAUCAAAAGGAAAGACAAAAACGAGCAGGUGCAAAAUCCACCACAGAUGGAGGCUCAACAGAAUUUAAAAAACUACUACCCUCUAAACAACGAAAAUGACAUGUACAAGCAAAUCGGAAUGAAUUACAUAGAGAAUAAAAUUGUAAAGAGUGGAGAUGCCCCAGAAAAGACACAUUUCCCCCUAUAUCUACAGACAGAACCAAAGAAAAACCAACUACAUGUAAUGAAAAAUAAUGUGAUGCAUCAUCUACCGGAAUUAUUUCCACUAUCUCCCCUCCAAGUGGAUAUAAGGACGAAACAGUUGAGUAAAGAAAGUGACUACUCCUACUGCACUGUCGGAGAUGAUGUGCGGGUAAACUCCUCAUCCGAUGAGAGAAACCAUUUAAUGAUACAAGGAAAGAACAAAGUUGAGUUCACCUUGCCACAUAGAGACAUCCAAGGGAUGGAGAACGCUCAAAUGGGGCAUGUACAAAGUUGCUUCGACCAAAAUAGCAUUUAUUACAGCGCAACUGAACUUGAAGAUUUACACAAAGCACUUAAACUGAACCAUUGUAAUAGUCAAAUGGACAAAAAUGCAAAGGAGGAGGUGCGUUACGGGGGGAUAAAUGGAGACUUCCUUCCCUCGCUCCGAUCCUUUAUCGUGGGAGGUGCCACUCAGAUUGAUCACAUGAGGAGUCACAGGCAAAGGGGAAUCAGCAUAGGAAGCGGUGUAAGCACAGAUCCAGGUAUAUGUCUAAAACACGACUUUCGAACAGAUGUUCGCGCAGAGGGAGGAAUGACAAACAACGUUGGAGGUAGCCCAUCCGAUCAAAUAUUCCACCAUCCAAGUAACAAGGCAGAAGGUUAUGACACAAUAUACCCAGAACUAAAUUUAUUAAAUGAAAUAAAACAGGAGGUGCUAAACGGGGGGACAAUUUCCACAGAUGAACUUACAUGUAAUAGACAUUUUGACGCUCCACUUGACCACUACAAAAAUAGGGAUCUCCUAAAUAUACAAAAUGUUUAUAAUUUAAAUGAAGAAAGAACUGUCAUCCGCAGAUGCGAUUCCCAAAUGAGUAACCAACCAAGCGAUGAAGGUAGACAAACGAAUCAUAUCUAUAGGAAUGUGUUUCCAGGACAGGAGAGAAACAUCCUUGGAAGAUAUUCUAACUGCAGCCGAGUUAGAGGGGAAAAUGUGGUUAUCCAUGGUGAUGGUGUUGAAGGGGCAAGCGAAAUAGAGCGAACAUACCAGGUGACCCACACAAACCAUCUACCAAGGGACGAAAUGAUCAACCACCCAGAUGGAGAAAUCAUCCCCAGCCAAACAAACAGUUGUAUGAUCCACCAGAGUUGCGAGAAAAUUCCACAUAUGAACAACUCAGAAGAACAAAUUAGUAUGCGGAACGUUAUGAACCUAUUAGAUGAGUACAUAAGCAAAAAGAAAGUAAACAAGACGCUGUUGUGUACGAGGGAAAACUCCUCAUCGUGCACCAACGCCUCAAAUGAUAUGAAUACGCCCGCAGGAACAAUUCAGGAGCAACUUAACCAAGGGGAGUAUGUGAACCCUAAUUGGAUCGAACAAUCAUUCGUGAACAAAAAAAAAAUGGAAAAAUCGAAUCAUCUCAACGGAGUAGAUAUGAAAAAGGUAGAAAAAAAUUUCCACAGUGAUGAUUACCCACUGGCUGAUAAAGGGACAAACGUACCGUACGAUAUGAUGGUCAGUUUUGACAGUGCCAAGUAUAGAGAUCUACACAGCCGUAUAGAUAAAUCAAAAGGAGACAGAUGCAUAGGAAGCUUAGAUGUAAGUAAUCCAUUCGAAGGAGACUCCGUUAAUCAUGUCGUUAAGAGCGAGGACUCUACUUAUUGUAACCUAUUUGAAGUUUACACCAAUGCAAAUGUAACCACGAAGGACAACAGUUUAGCACAGGGAAGUAGUUCAGUAACUAAAAUUACAAAAAUGAACCCACCCUAUAAUGAGGACCACUUAGGAACGAACAUAGAUAUGAUAAACAAGAAACAAAACAGCUCAAUGGACACCAAUAUGGAUGAUAGGUCAAAAUGGCUAGUCAGCUUGUACAAAAGGAUGAACAAUUUUAAGGUAGGAAAGGCCAUCACCGUUAAUGAUCACGUAAUGAGUACAAGUAACCUGUUCAAUCCUAACGACAAAACGAAGUUCAUCAGUGGUGCAGGAGCCCAAACGGGUGGUAUCUCUUGUACCCAUCCGGAAGAUGCUGAAGGGAUGCUUCUAGACGAGUUUAACAGAAUUGGAGCAUUCUCUCCUGAGGGGUACUUCCUUGACAGUACGCACAGUGGAAAGGGUGAAUGUACCUCCCAACCCUGGGGCGAGGGAAAUAACUACUCCCCCAUGGUAAUCCCACACCCUGCCGUUUCUAACAUAUCCAAUUUUCUCAGUUCUCAAAACAAAUGCAAGGAGGGAAUAGCACCCUUAUCCCUGAUUCUACACCAAAAUAGACAACACAAUAUAUGCCAUAGUGUACAGCUAACCCAGGGUGAAGAACAUCACACCAUAUGUACUUCCAACGGUUGUCCUCCUCACCACCAUAACAACAACAGAAAUGGAAACCAGGGUUUGGACAUUUUGGUGAACAAUUCUUCAAGCUACGAAAUUGGAAAAAUGGGGGACAAGGGCCUUUCGUUUGAUGCCACAACAUGCAAUACGGAUGACUCCAAAGAGGUGAAACUUCUGAACCCUAUUAAGAAAAUAACGGAGCCGACGACAGUGCUCCAGUUUGACCAUCAAGGGGGGGCAUGCAAUCGGACCAUUUGGAGGGAGCUCCUGGGCAUUGGAGGAGGUGCAAUGGAUGUAGCAGUGGACACAGUAGUGGAUGCCCCAGUUGGAAUCAUCGGAGGGGCAAAUACCUACCCAAGUGACGGAAGAAAAGAAGACCAUCACGGUGACUGCUGUGUUGAGGGGGACACCAGUGCCUAUCCGGAACGAUACCCCGAAGGUCACACGGAACGCUGCCCCGACACAUCCACCACAACCAAGAGGGACAUACCCACAGGAAGUAAGCUGGAUAUCAUAAUCCAAAACAUACGGUACUGUACCAACAAGGUAUUCAAUGAUGUGUUCAUGAAUAACGACGGAUUUAAGAAAAAGAAGUUGAACCAACUGAAUCUGUAUUUAGCGAAAUUAAGGUUAAAGAAUUAUGAGGAGUUUUUUUUUAAUUUAAAUAAAUUUUACGAGAUGUUUCUCCUUCUACUAAAUUCAAAUUACAUCCAUAAAAUUAACUCCUCCAUUUUGUAUAGCAUUUGUCUAGUUGCAAAGAACCUCCUGUUUUUACUCCACCUAGGAGUAUACAUUCUUCAGGUGAUAAAAACAUGUUUGUAUUGUGUCGUCAAGUUAAUCUUAAUCAAGCCCAUUUCCAUAUCGGACAAGGCGUGGUUCUUCCUUCUUAAUUUGUACAAAUCCCUCUUCGAAAAAUUAUACCAGUACUUUAAGAACGACCUACUGGUUGGUCAGUGCGAAGGCCAAGAUCGAGAUCUGCACUCAUAUGAUGAGAGCUCCCUCGAAAUUCUCCUGCCAUUUAUAAACGCCUUCAAUGAAACCAUCCUAGAAUACGCAAAAAUCAGAAUCAUUUCCAGGAACAAAAAGAAGGAGGAACUCAUUGCCUUCCCCCUAUACGAAUCGCUCAAGCCAUUUUUCUUCGUUAACACGAACUACUUAGAUGAGGAGGACAAAACGGAGGAGGAAGAUCUACCUAUGGGGGAUGUUUGGGAAGGGCCUGGAUACACCGCACGCAACAGACAGGUUGUAACUGCUGUAAGCACAGAAUGUACGCGAAAUAGAGAAAAUUUGGAAGAGGCCAAUGGAGCGACUAACCGAUCGACUAGCGAAAUGAACAACGGAACGAAUGAAGAAAACAUCCUGCUGAAAAAGACAUCCAUCCCUGGCGUGACAUUUCCGAAAAAGAAAAAGAGCGAAGACAUGACCGUUGAAAAGUACAACUACGGAUACUCCAGAAGUAAAACCCAGCCUAGCCCCAUAGGCCGAAUCGGAAACGUUAACCCCCAAAAGAGUAACUACAACAUAUCUGAUCAGCAAAAUGGGGAAAUACACUCCGAAGCCAAAUUUUACUCCAAAAAAAAAGGAGAGGAGGAUGAGGAGUUAGCCGUAUCCAUACGAAAUAACAUCCUCUGUUGUGUACAUUCUCUAAUAAAAAUGUUUUCGCACAUAUAUAUAAAUAACUGGGAUAAAAUCCUCUACUACUACAAUGAAAACAAGAAAAAAAUGAUACCGAUAUUUUUAACACUCACGAUGAAUGACCAGAGUCAGAAGAUCCGAACGAAUUCCAUCUUAUGCCUUAAGUACCUCUUCGACUGCAAACAACUCAAGUACUGGUUUCUACUGAAGGAGGGUAGUCACCACGGCAACCACCACAUCAAUCAGAUGCAGAACGAUGUCAUCAGAACGGGACCAAACGAAGAGACCUCCCCCGAGGAAUCCCCACAUUAUCAGAUGAAUAGCCUGACGAAGGAAAUUCCAAAAGCAAGUACAACCAAAAAAAUGAUACAAGUGAACGGGAAAAAUAAAAGCGCGCCAAUAAAGGGAGACAAGAACUAUCCUCCUUCCAGUAUCACCCCUUCUGGAAAAACUUCAUACAGUGCAGGUUAUAUCAACCCGUUUUCCACGGACAAACAGACAAAGCAGAAUAUUUACAUGGAAAAAGAAAACCAUUCAGUUCUUCUCUUUAAAGAGAUGAAUAACAGCGUGAAGAGAGAAGUAGAAGUUGAAAUAAAUACUCGACCAUCUUGGACAACACUUGAAGUGGAUAAUCAAAUGCAGACAUAUGAACAAGUGAAAGGAAAUAAUUCUCUUGGUAGAAGGUCCAACGGGGGAAUAUCCAACCCUACGGACGAUUACUGUUAUGAAAGCUACGCGAAGGAAGAAUACAAUGAGAAAGGAAACUACUGUAGUGCAAAAAAAGUCGCCACCGAACAAAUCAUUGUAAAGUUACUUACAAAACUUACAAAACUUAUUACCAGAACAUAUAUGGUGGAGAGAGAAAAUAAUUUCUAUACCCCCACGGACAGAUUAAAUAUUUGCCGUUUUUUUUUAAGAGUUUCUCAAUCUAUAUUAAUAGCAAAGUAUAAGAAUUUACUGAAGCAAAUUCUGAAAUUUUUUUUUUUCUACUUAUUAAAGUACCUCAUAUAUUUUAACCACGGUGAUACCUUUAAUUCCUGUAUUAAGAAAUUGCUCCAAAAGGAUAUUACCUCUAAAGGGAAAAGCCAAGGAGAGAAGAAUAUCCCUUCUGUUUACUCUCUCCUUCCAUACAUCGCAAAGUUUGCAGAGAGAGAAAGGGAGUUCCCAACUUAUUUUAGCAGUACCAACGUGGUGUGCAACAGGAAGAACAAUAAUGUGCACCUGGGCAGACAUAGAAAUGAAAUUCUCCACACGAAACAACUUGGAGAUAAGGAUUUCUACGCGCAUGACUACCUAGACGAGGAUGAGCGCGUGUUUAUCUCCCUCACUAAUUACCUGAAUAACCUUAGGGAUGCCGAACAACACGAAGAAAGUGAUGUACAGGGGGGGAAGCAGACACCAGAUGAACAGACAGAUGGCAAACGAUUGCAUGGUCAGAGGAGGGAUAGAUCGGGGGGCUCGUUUCCAAUAGGAACCCAAGGGUGUGAUUCAAGAUGCACCAGAAAUGGCCUUCCAAUCCACCACUCGAAAGGAAAAAGUAAAGCAGAUAUGAAAAAAGGAAAAGAAGAAAAAAAACAAAUGCACCAUAAUAAUGAGGAAGGGAAGGCAGACACACAAAAUGAUAAAAACAAAGACAUCACGGCGAGUGACAAAAAUGAGGAGAAUGCAUGUGAACAGGUGGAGAAAUUACCACCCUUGCGCAUGCAUUCCAAUGGCAUGGAUCAAAAUGGAGCCCGUAGCGAGCCCCCCGAGGGGAAGACAGGCGUCGCUCCGAGACCAGGUGCAUUGAAACUGAAAAAUCACAAGAAAAGAAAAAAAAAAGAAAAAGAAAAAAAUGAUAAUGACAAUGAUGAUAGUAGCGACGAAGAUGUUAGUGAUGAUGACAGUGAUGAUAAUGAAGAAGAAGAAGAAGCUGCUGAUGGGAGCAUGUGCUCAUGCGAACAUACAAACAUAACCGAUGCGACAAAUAACAUAAAGAAGGUCGGAGAAAAAAGAAACGACAACGAUUUAUCGCACCUGUACAAAAACAUAGACAAAAUAAAUAAGAACCUUCUAUCAAGCGAAGAUUACAAUCUUCUAAUGAGCAUUCUCUAUUGCAAUGAGUAUUCCAAAGGCUCCAAAUAUAUAACCAUGAUAACGGUUAUUAUUAAUAUCUUUUCCGUCCUGAUGUGCAAUUAUAAUGAUGACAUCUUCCGCUUCCUCUGCACGAAUAUAUACGGACAGAAUAUCAACAGAACCCUAAAUGGUCGCAACAUUUACUGCCACCACGCUUCGCAUAAUCAGCUCUAUGACAUCUCCUUUGCACAGUUAAUCUACUUCAUGUUGAUAUUUCUGUAUAAGAUUUUUUAUCAGCCCUGCGCACAUGGAAUAGAAAUAUGGACGGAAAACGGGAAUGAACAGGUAGGCGACAAGGGGACAAAGGAAUUGAACUUACCGGAAGAGCCAGAACAAUAUCAAGAGGGAGAAAACAUAAAUUUGAACAACAAUAUCGAUAAGAACAAUUCUCUUGAAGUCCAUGCCAACAUAACUGAUCGCUCAAACACCAACGUCAUAUCCUAUCCUUACGAAAAAAAAUAUAUGAUCAAUUCCUACAACGACCUGUACGACAAUUACAUAAUUUCCUACAUGCAACAGGAAAAUAACGACACCAGCUACCUGAAUCAUUUCCUCAACAGGAACAAUAUAAUGCAAAAUUUAGUGCCCAAUUUAAUACCGAAUUUAAUACCAUAUGAUAUUCAAAUUUUCAAGAAUAUUUUCCUAGUUUUCCAAAAGACCUUAAAACAUUAUCUCUUCUGCUAUAUGCACUGCUGGAAUGACGUCAAAACUUUGCUCGAAUAUUUCUUGCAAUCGGAAAAUAUACACAUAAAAAUUAUAUCCAUUAAAAUUGUCAUAGACAUUUUCAGCUUUAUCAAUUCUUAUUACGAGGUUAAUUGCAGCGAAUACCAACUUCCAAUUUAUACAAAGAAGGAUGAAUAUAGAAAUGACACCAUAUUUAAUGACAUCACGUCGAACGGGACGGAGUGGAACAACUGUAUGGAAGAACACACGUUGAGUCCACAGUCGGGUGGGACAGAAGAAGAAGAAGAACUAUCCCAGUGCAAUCAAAUGUGCAGAAAAAAACGCUCCGACACGGGUGUGUUUAAAACUGGCUUCAGACAUGGUGUUCAGAGAUCAUCCUAUGGAAGUGUCCACAAUCGCAUCGCUAGUGCAGAUGGAGUCAGACAUGUAUGCCCUCCCCAAUGGAGUGAUCCCAAGCGGGGGGAAGCUCCUUCGACGACGAAUACCUCAAUCGAGAACAACUCUGUGGGGGACACUUCAAACCAUUUGCUGAACCCCCCCAAUGGAAAACCGACUGGAAGCGAUUCCAAGCAUGCACAUGACCACAUGCGGAGAAGGAUCUCCCCGGAUAGUAGAACAAACGGUACGCCCGAUCAGCACCAAAGCGAACCAAUGGAAAUGAGUAAGAAGAAAAAAUUUGUCCAGGUCGUCGAAACAGACAUGAUCUACCUCUUCCGGAAGUACAUUCUCAUACAUAUCCAUAACAUAAAUAAAAUAAACAAGGAUAUGACAAACAGAAGGAGCAAACUAAAGCAUAUUUUUCUAAACACCAUCAUCUGCAUCUCCCAUUUAAGCUAUACAGGAUUUAAAAUCCUAACCGUUGAAGACAUCCAGAGACUGACAAACCUUGUGUCUUCCUGUGUUCACAGCAUAAAGUGUAACAUCAUUACCGCCCUCAGCAAAUAUAUUAUCAAGUACAUUUUUACCUUUAAUAAAAAAUUCAUUCAAAAUUAUGAGAAGAGGAUAAAUUUGCUACAUAUAAAUUCAACUAAUGUGUACUAUAAUAAUAUCCUCACCACAGCAGCGGGGUUGUCUGGGGCUGGGGGUGCUACAGACCAUGGAGGCAUCAGUUAUGCCUCGAAAAUUGGCUCUCAAAGAAAUGCCUUGCAAAGAAACAUCAAACUUAACACAGACGUCGUAAUGAACCUUCCAAACGUAUCCUCCCCCAAGAGCGUAGACCCAUUUGAGAGAAAGUGGAAAACGAACAUGUGUACAAGUAUAACCACAGGGGGUGUUACCUCCCCAAGGAUAAAUGACACAUCUACAAACAUUUUCAUACAUUCGACCCCCAGGAACAUGAGUUACGAACGAGUGAAUGGAAGGUGGAAGGUAUGUCCUGGUACUAUCGAGGAGAUGACAAAGAUUAGCGAUGAUAACAACCCUGGAAAUGCCUCUGCGGAUGACGAGAAUUACACCCACCAGGAAUGGCAUGAUAAGAAAGAUUUGUUCGAAGAUGUAGCCAGGGUCCCCACACGUUCAACCAUGUACAUCUCGAAGGAGAUCCUCAACCACAACAGUAGUAAUAGCAGGCGUAGUAGUAGCAGCAGCAGUAGUAGUAGUAGCAACAAGGAAAAAAUGGAACGUGAAGAACUGAGGCGAGUGGGUACACACUCGGCGUGUACAGUCCUAAUGGAAAACACGAAGGAGCCAGUUAAAUGUGAGCACUCAUCGGAUGUUACUCCCUACUCAGGGGAUACCACCAUUUCUGCAAAGAUAGGUGUGUUGAACGCAAUUUCCGACGAGGAACAAAGAGCACAAGUGCAGGCGCAACAACGGAAAGAGAACCCAGGACACUGCAUUAGUAUGCCUGAUUCAACCUUUAAAUACUUGCAAGGAAAACCGACGGUGGAAGUACAAAAAAGAAGAAUGAGCAACCCAGGGAUGAAUAUUGCGGAUGAGAUGGCAAAGAAAAAUUCUCCCAGACAUUCUUACAUUCCACAAAAUGGAAACGACAAGGAUAAAGAGAUGUUCUCCCCUAGCUCCCUAAAAAAAAUGGCGACGAAUACGAGGAAUAUCCAUAAAGACAAAAUGAGCAAAAUAUGUGGAUUUCUAAAGAGACAAAACAGAAGGGAGGAUCCCGAAUGGAAUGGAUUCAAGAAACUCGAGAAUCCCCAAAGAGGGAUAAGCAAUCAUGUUAACAAGAUUAACACACAACAUAAGAACAAACAGGCAUUACUUCCACGCAAUGGUGAAAUUUCCUAUUCGAACGAAAACAUAGAACAGGUCGAAGCGCAAAGUAGAACAAGGAACACAUGUGUAACCAAUUCCAUCCACGUAUACGAGGAGAACGACCAAAGGGACGAACCUCCAUCAGCGGGCUCCGUGGAGAGACAAAGGAAAGACGCAUACGUACUACAAAAGCAAAGAAGUGAAAGGAAAUUGUUUGAGCUGUACUAUAUAUACAUCUACAUAAUCAUUCACAUUAUAAAAUUCUACAACGAUUCCUUUGUAGAUCUAAAGUACUACACAUACAACUGCAUAUGCGAAAUAGCUAGUUCCUACGUUCCCUUUUAUUUUACCCAAAACAGUAUCAAGACCUUUUCCUACUACAGUAACUAUAACAGUGAAGAGAACAAAGACAUUAACAAGUUUAUCAGCUUCAUUAACAGCAUACAUUUAUGCUCAGAUGUGGAUGACUUGAAGUUAUUUCGUCUACGCGAGGAAUCCAUCAAAUCAAGAGAGGACACGGUUACGGGUGAAUUCGUCCAGUGCAACCAUCACAUACAUACGACUGCAAGCGAGGGUCUUUUUCACAAUGGAAUAACUUGCGGUACCUCUAGCAGUAAUAACACGACGGCUAGUAGCACCUGUACGAGCGGCAGAAGUGCACCAUGCAAUGCUUCACCCUGUAGAGAUUUGUCAGGCGACGCAAGGAAUACCCCUACCCCCGGCAAACAAUCGAAUGACAUCAAUACCCACAACGAAGAAAAUCUGCAUUACCAAUUCUCAAACAAUAUAUACCUCAUUUCCUACAUCGAGUACAUAUAUAUACUACUCCUAAUCAUCCGGCAAAACAAAAAUGUAGAAAAAGACCGGGCCAUCUGUUGCAUAAUUAGGUACGUAGGAUUUAUAUGCAAAAAUGUAAAUUUCUUUUUGUUCAAUUCGAUUAGUUUCUUGCCCUCGACUUUUCUUCUCAAGUAUUUUAUGUACCUGAAUAAUUUAAUUGAGAAGAAGGGACUGCUUGGGCGAGGAAUACCCAUAAUUGAACGUACACCUAGCAAAGGACUUUUAGACCCUAAUGUCAAAAACGGCGCUGUAACGAAAGAGGAUGAGGUGUACAAGGGGGAAAAGCACUCCGUCCGGGGGGAGGAAGUUCUCGCAAAGAUGAAAAUGAACAUAAGCUGCAGAAACAAAAGCGAUGGAAACGGAAACAACGAUGUGUUCUCCACUAUCGACACAAAGUUGCACCCCCCUGCUUGUGCACACCAAGAUGAAAACAAACAAGGGAAAAGGUCCAUCAACUUAUCGACCUGCCACUUGCAAAAGAGCAACUCUGAAAUGAAGUCAACGCACAAGUACAAACUGUAUCAUCUGUUCCUAAAUGUCUACGUAAAGUAUGAAUAUAAUUUUGAAGACAACUUUUUUUCGUCCAAAGGGGACGCAGCAAAGUGGGAAAUGUCAGAUAGAGAGAAGGAAAUACCCAUGAGGAUGGUUAAUUCGGAAGAGGAUCGCUCCCAGCGGAGUGAGCCCCUUGAAGGGGAUAGGAGGAAAAAGAAUAAGAAGGAACAACCUCCCCAGGAGGAAAAUCCAGAUCAGUGCAAGAACGCCUCAGUACAUGCCCCCCAGGAAUUACUCAACCCAGAGCAUCUUUUCCAAGGGUACUCUGAAAAGAGGGAGGAAAAAGUGCACGAGUAUCCUAUCGUCAUAGAAAUAAAGGAUAUCUUCCACUCAAGCAAAAGCAGAAACAACUCAAUAAACAAAGCGAACAACAACGUGGACGCAAAAAUUAUUCUCUACCUUCUAUCCAUCGUAAAAGAUCACAUAAAGAACAAAAUCACAUGGAAUGUCCUCUACGCCUUCAAACUGAUAUACAACAAUUUCUCCUUUUUCCUUGCACAUAACUUUGCCGAGUUGCACAGCCAAAUCUUGGACCACCUAAUAAGUACACUCAGAUACACAAAUGUAUAUAAAAUAAAAAUCCUCUCCUCCUUGGCGCUGAUCCAUAUCCCCCUAUACUACAACAUCGAUAAGAUAAAGUUGAAGGAAUUAUGGGACACACUCGUUACUAACAUAUCCUACCUUGAUCUAAUGUUUCUCAAUGAUAAAUCCAACAAUAAUCAGUUGCUAUGCUAUUACGAAAAGACAUUAAAUUACCUCACCAUAAGUAAAAAAACGGAGUACAAAUAUAAAUGCACCCUUAGAGUAAAUAUCUGCGAACUUCUCUACAUGUGUAUCUACAGAUCCUACGUUCAUGCCAAUAUAAAUGCAGACAUCGUAUUUCGAAAUAAGAGAGUCAAUUGUUAUGAGGCCUUCAAAAAUUACACCCACAUUUUUAACAUUAAUAACGACGUUCAUAUUUAUAACUUAACUCACAUCUUUAACAACCACGUAACGUACUACUCUUUUUAUAAUAAUGCUGUCGUUCCCCCCAGAAAAUUCUCCGCAGGUACAUUUUCGGGGAGGGGGGCCAUUCCCCCCAAUGGGGCAUUAGCACAUUGUAAGAGCCACUCGAUGGGAUUACGAACAACCUCAGGUGUAAGACUCAAACAAGACAGAUCACGCUUGGGAGGUAGGACAAACCAAGUUGGAAGAACCUUCAAAAAGUACGAAAAGGAUGAAAAGGAUGUAAAGGAUGAAAAGGAUGUAAAGGAUGUAAAGGAUGAAAAAGAUGAAAAAGAUGAAAAAGAUGAAAAAGAUGAAAAGGACGAUGAGGAGGGAGAAGAAGAAAUCAACCACCAUGAUACAUUCGAACUGCAACUAUUCCUGAACAAUCAUUUUGAUAAGUACCAUAUUGUUUACAAAAAUUUAUUGGGGACCUCGAAAAAUCCCAUUUUUCAAAUCCUCUUUCAGAAGCUCCACUACGAAAUUAAGUUAUCCUUAAGGCGCUUCCUCGAGAAAAGGAAACUCACCAGUUUGGAAUCCCCCAGGGGGGUCAGUAGCUAA